AUGGACGUUGCUUUUGUAGUUGACGAAAUUGUGAAUCCAGAGGACUUGGAAAAAUUCAGGAAACAAUAUGCUGAGGAAAGCAGGCGUGGGGCUCCUGCUGCUCAAACAGCCUUUUAUUAUGCUCAUGCUUUGAUUAAGUCAACCAAAGAAGAUGUUAGAACAGGAAUUUAUAUUCUCGAAAGUCUUUUGAAAAGGGUUGAGUCUGAUAUGCCAAAACGGGAUUAUGUCUAUUACCUUGCUAUAGCUCAUACUCGUAUUAAAGAAUAUGACAGAGCUUUGGAAUAUAUUAAUUUAUUGUUAUCAGCAGAGAGUGACAAUCAUCAAGCCUUGGAUUUGAAAGAACUUAUUGAGCAACGAAUGAAACGAGGUUUGGAAAAAAGGAUGGGCAACGGGUUUAUUUUAGGAAUUUCAGGAUUUUCAAGAUUUUCUUAAAUCGGUUUAGGUCACAAAAAUAUGGGUUUUGGACAGGUCAUUGAGGGGUUAAGAGGUAAUAUUAGACUGGGUUUUGGAAAUUUUCCUAGUUUGUGUUUCUUACAACCCGUGGCAUCCCUAGUUUUAUGGAAUAAACGAAAUAAAAUAACACGA